AUGGACGACGCCGGCGAGAUGCACUCGUUGGGCUGCGCGGAGCUGCGCCGGGAGGGCUCGGCGUGGUCGUCGGCCGCCGGCAACGUGUUCUCGCGCUCGUCGUCGACGAGGGAGGACGACGAGGAGGACCUGCGGUGGGCGGCGCUGGAGAGGCUGCCCACCUACGACCGAGCCCGCACGGCCGUGCUGGCCAUGCCGGAGGGGGAGCUGCGGGAGGUGAACGUGCAGCGGCUCGGCGCCCAGGAGCAGCUCGCGCUGCUGCAGCGCGUCGCCGGCGACGGAGACGACGACCACGCGCGCUUCCUCCCCAAGUUCAGGGAACGCGUCGAUCGAGUUGGAAUUAAGCUGCCAACGAUUGAAGUGCGGUAUGAGAACCUCAAUGUGGAAGCAGAGGCGUACGUUGGCAGCAGGAGCAUUCCCACCGUUCUGAAUACUUAUGCCAACAUAUUUGAGGAACUAGCAAACAUUCUUCACAUAAUGCCCAAAAAGAAGCAAAAAAUAUCAAUACUUCACAACGUGAGUGGGAUCAUUAAGCCCCACAGAAUGACCUUGCUUUUACGUCCUCCCGGCUCAGGGAAAACAUCACUGCUGACGGCCUUGGCUGGAACACUCCCAUCUACUGUAUCAGGGACAGUUACCUACAAUGGGCAUACGAUGGAUGAAUUUGUGCCCCAGAGAUCUGCAGCUUAUGUUAGCCAGCAUGAUCUUCAUAUGGCUGAAUUAACUGUUCGUGAGACGGUCAGUUUCUCUGCCAAGUGUCAAGGAGUUGGUCAUCACUACGAUCUAUUAAUGGAAUUAUUGAGGAGAGAGAAGGAAGAAAAUAUCAAACCAGACCCAGAAAUCGAUAUGUAUCUGAAGUUGCUUUUACUGUCUAUUGAUGUUCCAUUUGACAAGAGCAAGAGCCAUCCUGCAGCGCUAAAAACAUCAAAGUAUGGAGUUAGCAAGAAAGAAUUACUUAAAGCUAACAUUGAAAGAGGGGUUUUGCUUAUGAAAAGAAACUCCUUCAUGUAUAUGUUCAAAGCAAUUCAGUUAACAUUGGUGGCAGUAAAUGCGAUGACAGUCUUUAUCCGUACCAAUAUGCAUCAUGAUUCUAUAGAAAAUGGAAGGUUAUACAUGGGAGCACAAUUCUAUGGAAUGCUGAUGAUCAUGUUCAAUGGUUUAGCAGAAUUGGGACUAGCUGUUGCAAAGCUUCCAGUUUUCUACAAGCAGAGAGAUCUACUAUUCUAUCCAGCAUGGACAUAUGCCUUGCCAUCAUGCAUCAUUAGGACCCCCAUCUCCUUACUUAAUACAACAAUUUGGGUAUUCCUAACAUACUAUGUCAUUGGAUUUGAUCCUAAUAUACAGAGAUUUUUCAGGCAAUUCCUUGUGCUUCUUGUGAUGUCUGAGGCAACAGCUGGACAAUACCGCUUCAUUGCUGCUCUUACCAGGCAUCAAGUUAUUGCAAGCACUGUUGGCUCAUUCUUUAUAUUAAUUUUUAUGCUUUCAAGUGGAUUUAUCCUGUCAAGAGAUGAUGUUAAGAAAUGGUGGAUAUGGAGUUACUGGAUGUCACCCCUGAUGUAUGCACAAAAUGCUUUAGCAGUAAAUGAAUUCCUAGGUCAAAGCUGGAACAAGAUAAUAGAUGGUUUCAGAGAACCACUUGGAAUGCUAGUUAUAGAAUCUCGUGGAUUUUUUCCUAAAGCCAAAUGGUAUUGGAUUGGUAUUGGUGCCUUAAUUGGAUAUGUUCUUCUAUUCAAUAUCCUCAGCAUCAUUUGUCUCACAUUUCUCUCACUGUCUAAGAGCUACCAGUCAACAAUUUCUCAGGAAUCAUUGAAGACAAAACAAGCUAAUGUACUAGAUGAAGAUUUUCAAGAAUCAUCCAAAGAAUGGACUAUGAACAAUACAAGCUAUGCUAAAGAUGACAGCAGUCCUAAAGCAACUACAAGCCAUGCAACCGAGAAUUAUGUUCUAGGCCGGAAAGGAAUGGUUCUCCCGUUUGUAUCUUAUUCCAUUACAUUUGAAAAUAUAAGAUACAGUGUAGACAUGCCAAAGGCAUUGAAGGCCCAAUGUACAACCGAGUCUCGGUUGGAACUACUAAAGGACAUCAGUGGUUCAUUUAGACCCAGAGUACUUACAGCACUUAUGGGUGUCAGUGGUGCGGGCAAGACAACAUUGUUGGAUGUGUUGUCUGGGAGGAAAACCAAUGGAUAUAUAGAGGGUAAUAUCACCAUCUCUGGCUAUCCAAAGAAGCAAGAAACCUUUGCUCGAAUUUCAGGAUAUUGUGAACAAAAUGAUAUCCAUUCACCAAAUCUAACUAUCUAUGAGUCCCUUGUCUUCUCUGCAUGGCUAAGAUUACCUGCCAAAAUUGAUUUUAGGACAAGAAAUAUGUUUAUUAAUGAGGUAUUGGAGCUCAUUGAGCUUUGCCCCAUAAAGGAUGCAUUAGUUGGAUUGCUUGGAGCGAGUGGAUUAUCAACUGAACAAAGGAAGAGGCUAACAAUAGCAGUGGAGCUAGUUGCGAACCCAUCUAUAAUAUUUAUGGAUGAACCAACAUCUGAACUCGAUGCAUGAGCUGCAGCCAUUGUCAUGAGGGCAAUAAGGAAUACUGUGGAUACAGGAAGAACUGUUGUUUGCACAAUUCACCAACCAAGCAUUGAUCUAUUUGAAUCUUUUGAUGAGCUCUUCCUAUUGAAACGAGGAGGCGAAGAGAGAUAUGUAGGUCCACUAGGACAACAUUCAUGUGAAUUGAUCAAAUAUUUUGAGGCUAUUGAAGGUGUCAACAAGAUAAAGGAUGGCUACAAUCCUUCAACUUGGAUGCUAGAGGUGACUAGUAUGGUGCAGGAACAAAAAACCAGGGUUAACUUCACACAAGUAUACAAGAAUUCUGAACUGUAUAGGAGGAACAAAAGGUUAAUAAAGGAGUUAAGCACACCACCUGAAGGUUCAAGUGACCUAUUGUUUCCAACUGAAUAUUCACAGCCCCUUAUUACACAAUUUUUGGCUUGCCUCUGGAAGCAACGACUGUCAUAUUCAAGAAAUCUUCCUUAUGUUGCUGUGAAAUACUUCUUCGCCAUUGUAGUUGCUUUAUUGUAUGGAACAAUGUUUUGGGGUGUUGGCAAAAAAAGGCAAAAUCAACAGGCAUUGUUCAGUGCAAUGGGUUCGAUGUACUCCACGUGCUUGAGUAUGGGAGUGAAGAACUGUAUGUCAGUUCAGCCAAUUAUCUCUGUUGAGCGCAUUGUCUUCUACCGAGAAAGAGCAUCACACAUGUACUCACCUUUGCCAUCUGCCUUGGGGCAGGUUGCAAUUGAACUUCCAUGUAUUCUUCUUCAGACCUUAAUAUAUGCUGUGCUAGUAUAUGCCAUGAUAAGAUAUGAGUGGACAAUUGCCAAGUUCUUUUGGUACUUGUUCUUCAUGUACUUCACUCUACUGUACUACACAUUUUACGGCAUGAUGGCGGUCGGUCUGACUCCAAACCAUAGCAUGUCCACGGUUAUUUGUACGGCAUUCUUUACUAUGUGGAACCUUUUCUCAGGAUUUCUAAUACCAAUGACUAGAAUUCCAAUAUGGUGGAGAUGGUAUUAUUGGAUUUGCCCCGUUGCAUGGACACUCAAUGGAUUGGUUACAUCACAGUUUGGGGAUGUAAAUGACAAGUUUGAUAACGGUGUGCGCGUGUCUGACUUUGUCAAGAACUAUUUUGGUUACCAUCAUGACUUGUUGUGGGUGACUGCUAUAGUAGUUGUCUCAUUUGCUGUUCUUUUUGCCUUCCUUUUUGGACUAUCACUCAAGAUGUUCAACUUCCAGAAGAGAUAACCACAUAAGAUAUAUGUGAGUCUCAAAGUUUGAUCAAAGUCCAUAAAGCACAAAUGUUACCUGCAAGAGACUUAUAACAUGUGAAUAAUAACAUAUAGCAUGCAUGUCUACAAUAACUGGAUGUACUGAGACAUAUAUGUUUAGUCUUGGUGGUUUCUUACUUGAGGUUAUCUACAGUGUACAAUUUGUUUAAAAAUGAAAGUAUGUA